GGAUUGGCGGACUGGAGUAACGUUAGGAGAUAUGAUGGAAUGUGGAAAGGCGCAGUGGAGGACGGCUUGGGACGCGAAGCCUGGUUUGAUGGAGCGUCAUAUUGUGGACAAUUCAAGGAUGGAUUUCGGCAUGGGUACGGUAUUUAUCUUCACCCUCUUGGAUGGCUGUAUGCAGGACAGUUUGAGAAAGGGUUUCGUCACGGAUAUGGAUCCAUGGUCAUGAGGAAUGGAGAUAUAUUUGAGGGAAAGUUCGAGAACGAUAGAAAACAUGGU